AGUGUCAUAAGUCAUAAGAAGCCCGGCGGUUUUUUGUUUGCAUUCUGAAAAUUUCCGUUGAAAAAUUAGUGAAACCCGAUAAAACCAUAUUUCUUAGAGACGAAUUGAAGAACGCAAAAUCGGAAAUACUACAGGUAAAAUAGAGCCUGAUCUUAUGACUAAUUCACUUUCGGUUAUACCCACAUUUAUAUAAAACAAUAGUUAUUAUCGUUCUUCAACUUCAUUAUUUAAUAACUUUUGAGAAUCUCAUUUGAUUCUCCCUAAGUAACUAUGAACGACAACCCGGGGCUUAAAACCCCAAAUGAAAGACUACUCAAAUCAACCUCAUUAGCUACCUCAACUGUCGACAGGACAAAACUUCAAAAGAGAAAGCAAGUUACUCUUAAUGAUCAAAAUACCUUUGAAAGUUCUUUGGGGAUACUGUCCCUGAAUGAUGUAGACUUGUCAGAUAUUUAUAAUGCAUCAACUGAUAAUGUUAUUAAGACCCAAAGGCAAUUGGCCAAUAAUACUUUGGAGAGAGUAUCUAGACUGUCUGGAGUGUCUGGUAUCCCUUCGAUGCUUAUGAAGCCCAAUUUACAGGCAACAGAAGGCUCAGGCAACUUUCACCUUCCAUUUGAAAGCACCAUUAACGAAAGUGAUGUCCUUCAAACGCCAAAAAAUACGUCUACACCCAGAAACUCUGAACCAGACAUUAGAUCAACCUCGGCUGGCCCGAGGCUCUCUUUAUUUUCUCAGCUAAGAGAAAAACUUGAGAAAGAUGUCAGUGUAGAUGAAGCAGUGUCAGAAUUUAAGGAGAAAAGCUUGGGUAUUUCAAAUGGAAACUUAGGCGAUAGUGACAUGUUUAUGCCGGCAGAAGAUGUUGCUUCAAGACUUCGCGCCGAUGAACUAUCAUGGAAGCGAAAACACGAAUUUCCACCGAAUAGUUUUAACGAAGGACUAAACGAGUCCAAAGAAGUGCCACGUAUGUCUAUUGGGGAAUUUUUCCAGCAAGGAUCCAGAAAUAUUUCCGAAUUAAGAGCCAAAAGUCCAGGACCAACGGAUCCGGUUCCUUUGGUGGACGCCAGCGUUCUUUCGUCUACAAGCAACACAUCUAUGCACUUGAAAGAGAAAACCAACUUGUCCUGUAAAAGUUUAAGCGAGAGCGCCAUCUUACAGAUCAUAGCGGAGGCUCAGAGUUCACCUAACGCUUUGGCUAACUUGUUUUGUAAGACUAAUUUAAAGACAAAAAAGGGUUCCUAUAGGGAUUCAAGUGAUAUAUUUAGUUUGCCAGUGAGUCAAGAUGCUUCAUAUACUACGUCUUUUUCUGAUAAUGAAGCAGUUAAAGUUGCUGUCAUUGAAAACAAAGAAAACGUCCGUCCACAUAUUGAAGAGAUAAAUCAAAAUCCACCAAAAGUAGCAACCGCAGAGCUAAGUUCGCAAACACACGUACGUGGGCAGGAAGAAAAAGUCGCAUGUCCCUCACCACCACCGUCGAGGACCUCAACUAGAAGUUCCAGUUGUCUAACUAAUUUUCCCGAUGGAAAACUACCAAUAGAAAGUACUGUAGGAGAAUUAGUUUGGGGAUGUGUCAAAGUGGACAGAUGUGUAACAAAACAAUUCAUGCUCAGAAACAAAACGUCGAAAACUUUACGACUUCAGUGUUCGCUGUCCAGUUACGAAUUUAAAAUAAGGAAGGACAUCAGGUCGGAUUCGGAUCAUUUGAGCGCGUGCAAAUUCGUCCUGCACGGGCACGAGUCCAGACAGUUGAUCGUCUCGUUUAUACCCACCAAAGUUGGAGCCGCCGUGGACGAGUUGGUUUUUGCCCCGUUACAGUCCAACUUACCGACUGUGAAAAAACAAUGUGUGAGGUUAUGGGGCUAUGGGGGCUAUUCGAGUACCGAAUAUCACAACGUUAGUCGGGAUAAUACUGGUAAAUACUGGUUGUCGUUAGGCCGAAUGGACAACCGAACACUGAUGGAACAAUCCUUCUCCAUUAAAAACACCGGAAACCUACCCUCGUUCGUUUACUUUCAGGUUUCACAAACACAAUUUAAACAGACGCUAACGUUCACCAGUUUAACGGUGGAACCGAAAUUAAUGGUCCUGCUACCCAACGAGUCAAAAACAGUCAACAUAUCUUACAUACCAAAUGCGCGGGACUGUAAAGUUCUAAAACAGAACCUGAACGUAGUCUCUGUUAUGGAUAUCGGCAAAUUAAACAUAGUCUCCGGACCAGAGGUUAAUAGGGCUCGAUUGCGAAGAUUGAAACGAAAAAGGAUCGACAAAGAUCAAACGGUAGACGAUCUAACGAAAGCUUUGGCAGAAAAAAUACCCGGUGAAGUGUUUCCUAGUGACGUCUCGCUUUUCAAGGAGUUGCCUAAUGCAAUUCCAGAUAUUUUAGAGACGUUAAAUACGGAUGAAAUGGUGAUUACCGUAGAACAAGACCCCAAUCAAACUCUAGUAGCAGAAUAUCCAGAAGACUCCGUUAUUUACCAGUCGUUGUGCCAGGAUAAUACGGUAUUAAAUGACGAUAUGUCUGUUCUGUCGACAAAAUCUUGCCGUCUGGAGCCGCCUUUAAUAGUACUCUCUUCUCCGUCAAAACUGGAAGAUUGUUUGUUUCUCACCUCCGAUGCCUCGGACGUUUUGCAUUUUAAAGUAACUUCAAACACACCGGAUUUACAAAUUUUUCCUUCUGUCGGAAACAUAAACCCAGGCGAAACGACAGAACUGCACAUUAAAUUAUCCGUAAACAGUUCAGAAAGUUACUUUAAGGUGUCGGUUUACGUAGACUGUGAAGUGUUCGAGUCUGAGGUUAAGGUUUUAAGGGCUUCCAGGGGACCUAGGCGACAUUUUUUAGAUUAGGCGAUUGUUUUAUGUGUUUUAGAACGUGAUAAGGGUGAAUAUUUUUAUUACUUACUUUAUUUUUAUUACUUUGGUUAAUUUUACUUAGUUGCAGAAAUAGGGUAGGGUCACUUGUUCAACAGUUCCUUUUAUGUAUAUGUUUAAAGAUUAAUUGCAUUGUGAUAUUCAAGGGGGGUAACAUUAAUUCGUCUAAAAAUAACACACAUGUUUGGGAUUUUCUUUGGUGUACUGUGCAGCUACAAUGUGAAACUGUUUUAGGUUUUUUUUGAUGAUAAUUUUGCAAAUUUUUUAGUUUUAUAUCUAUUGCCUUAUAAUUUUAUAUUUUUUAUAUCUUUUGUGAAAUACAUAGCUACCAAUAUUAUUUGAAAGAGCUACUUGAAAGAAAAUACUCAUUAAAUACAAAUUAAACUUUUAUUUGGAACAACUAAAAA